GAGAGAGAGAGAGAGAGAGAGAGGCAGGCUUUUUUUUUUGUUGCAAUUCCAACCUCUGUCCUUCACUCCCUUCUGAUUUUCACCCGGAAUACAAGCUGGAAUUAAACGAACUUUCGUGGAAAUUCAUCAUUUGUAUUAACAGUUUGGAUUUAUAUAACAAAUGGACUACAGAUCAAGACAACACUGAUUAACACCUUUAAUUUACUUUACCUUUUUAACAUAAAGGUGCACUGGUCGUUAUGCUGUAAGUGUUGGAUCCAAACUGCGUGUACACCUUCAUCACCUCAUUAAAACCUGUUCCAUACAUGUUAUGGCCGUUUAAAACACACUAUCCCACAAUUUUCCAUGAUAUGACUGGAUCUAGAGGUGACCAUCUCACCUACUAUGAUGGAAACUGGUCUGUCACCUUCCACAGACCCUCUUCACCUCAACACCAACAGCCAUGUCAAUAAUAGCAACAACAGCUGGAGUGGCCUCCUCGAUGCUGACUCACUGAGGAGCAAUCAAACCCUCCAUAACGCCCUGCUGGGGGUCUUUCUCGGACUUCUUUCCCUCCUCACGAUCAUGAUGAAUUUGCUCGUCCUCUACGCCGUGAAGAGAGAGAAGAGCCUCCACACUGUCGGGAACCUCUACAUUGUCAGUCUGUCUGUGGCAGAUCUGAUCGUGGGGACCACAGUUAUGCCUCUAAACCUGGUGUAUUUGUUGGAGGAUGAAUGGAAGCUGGGACGGGCUGUCUGCCAAUUCUGGCUUAUUAUGGACUACGUGGCUAGCACAGCCUCAAUUUUCAGCUUGUUUAUCCUGUGUUUGGAUCGGUACCGCUCUGUCAGACAGCCGCUUAAGUACCUGAAAUAUCGAACGCGGGGAAAAGCCAGUGUGAUGAUUUCUGGAGCCUGGCUGCUGUCGAUGAUGUGGAUUAUUCCAAUUUUAGGAUGGAGGUCUUUCACUCAUGUAGACCUUAAACCUGAGGAGGAGAAUAAGUGUGACACAGAUUUCCGCUUUGUCACAUGGUUCAAGGUCAUUACUGCCGUCUUCAACUUCUAUGUACCUUCAAUAUUGAUGCUGUGGUUUUACACGCACAUCUACUUGGUAGUAAGGCAACAUCUCAGGGACAGAGAGAGGAUCAUUCAUCCGACCGACUCAUUUGGGGAAAAUGAGAAUGGACAAAAUGCCCAAUCGCCUGUGAAAUAUGACUCCAAAUCACCCAAGAGUGAGGGUGAUGUUACAAUGAAACUCUCUAAAAAACAACGCUUGUUGGACCAGAACACUCUAUUUCAGCCAUAUUCCCUUGAGGAUCCCGAUAAAACAAAAACUGCUUCAUCCAGAUCUCACAGAAAAAUUGGUGUAAAGUGCCAGAAGACGUCAUUGCUUGCCAUGACAACAAAACGACUCCGAAUUGCACAAAAGGUCAAAAGGUGCUCGUUGUCUCCUGAGGAGAAGCAGUCAGACAUUGAGAUUCCCCUCAGUCGAUCUUCGGUGCCACAGGACAUGAUUUGCUCAGAGGGUAGUAAUGAGAACAAACUUCAAGCAUCUUCAAAUGAAUGUCACAUCACAGUGCCAAAUUCAGUGAGCGGUGUCUGUGAUAUCAGUCAGGUGUCAGACAUGGAGAGAUACACCUCUUUGCUCUACAACUUUGACCCCAGUCACCCUCUGCCCUGGAAUGAAGAAGGGGUCCAAGAUGCCAAAUUGGACCCAGCUAAUGCAGUGACUCUAAGAAAGACGUGGCAAAGGUUUAUUGACCAAUCACGUCAGCGUAUCCAAAGCCUGAGGAUCCAUAAAGAGCACAAGGCUGCCAAGCAGUUGGGCUUUAUAAUUGCUGCUUUCUUGUUGUGUUGGAUACCAUACUUUAUAGCUUUCAUGGUCAUGGCGUUCUGCAGAGUGUGUGUGCACCAUGACCUGCACAUGUUCACCAUAUGGCUAGGUUACAUUAACUCCACUCUCAACCCUUUUAUAUACCCGCUCUGCAACGGAAACUUCAAACGAGUCUUCAAAAAUAUUCUCAACAUUCGUUUGUGACAGGCAGAGCAAAGAACAAAAUCAUAGGUGUCUAAAUGCUGCUGAUAUAGAUAGAUAGAGGGAAUAUCUGUUGCAUCAAUUAAUUGUCUUGAACAUCCUUGAGUGAGCUUUUUAUGUGCAGA